UAUCUUUGGAGGAUUUAGUUUCUCUUUCUCUCUAUCUCUCUAUCUCUCUUUGUUGCGAAUCAGACUGAAAACUCAAGGAAAAUGGCGGAAGUACUCCGCGGUUCUUCGUCUGAUCUGAGUGGAGUAGGAAUAAUUAGUGCUGGAAAUGAGAAUGUGUCUGCUGAGCAUCUAUAUGAAGAAAAGAAGAUAGACGUAGAAGCAAGAGAUCAAAACAUUCUGAAGUUUCUUGAUUCAACUGAUAGCUAUUUAACUCUUUACGAUUCAUUAUCGUCAAUACUUCGCCAGGGAUGGAUGGAAUUGGCGAGUGCACGAUAUUCUAUGGGGCCUUUGCGUAUCAACAGUGCUUUAUUCAACCAUAAUGAUCAAACUGCUGCUACGACAUUACAAGUAAACCAGAAAGAUGUAACUCUGGAUGAAGGACCAGCCAUCACUGAAGUCACUUUUAUAGUUGACAAGCAAAUUGAGGAGGAGCGGCCAAAAUCACUCAAAGUGUUUGGAACUCUGGUUUCUCCAAAGCUCAGAGCCGCACAGACAUCAUUCGAAUCAGCUAUGGAUAUCAUAGUAGAGAUAGCAAACAUGAGAGCAAAAACGUUAACCGCUUACAAUCAAGUGCGAGAAGAGAAAAGAAAUGGUGAAGAAGACGACGAUGAAAAUGCCAAUAUUUGUUCAUGAAGUUUGCUGGAUAUAUACAUGUCAAGAAUCCAUAAAUGAGAUCUUUUGUUUACCUUUACAAUAUUAUUAUUGUUAUGUACUAAAUUACUAAUACUUUGGAAAUUCAUUUUCAAUUUUAAAAUAAAUAUCAAUUUUUUUA